GAUGGAUGGAUGGAUGGAUGGAAUAAACUGUAAAUGGCCUCUUGUUAAAAAAUGACUCAUCCACUUGAAAUACGUCAGAAUUGGACACUCGAUUUGUAGCUCGGACGGUACUUGUAAUAAAAUUAUAUUAAAUGUAUAUAUGCAUAGACACAUGGUUCAAAUGAAUUAGUGAUGAAUUUUAAGCACGUAGACAAUUUUUAAAAAUAAAAAUGUAUACUAACAACAACAUGGUCAGGCUCUUCUCGCGAUACUACCGCGAGAGGAGGAGGGCAUCACAUGACUUCCGCAUCACGUGACUUUGUUUACGUUGCUACUCGCCCGUGGCUAUUGAAAAAUGGCUCGAAAUGAAGAGAAGCAACAAGGACGCUUAAACAGACUUUGGCUACAGAAAGAGAGAGAAGAGGGUCGACUAAAAGAUGUCCAGGAGCGAAGACCCAAGCUGUGUACACUUAACUCGUCUUCCUCUGUGAAAAAGUGGAUCCCCAGCAUCAAGAAUGAAAUCGAGUAUUAUUUGCAGCAAUCCCAACUUGCACAUUACCCCGAGAGGAAGAUCGCAGAGUUCCAUCAGAAGUUGGAGGCCUUGGAACGGGAGUACAAAAGCUUCGUGACCAAGCUACGAAUGCUUGACCCGACCUGCAAGCACAAGCCCUGGACCCCCAGAGCUUAUUGUAAAAGGAGAGCAGUGGCCCAAGAGUCUACCAGCGUUGUCAAGAAGUCAAAAACCUCAACGGCAGCGUUCAGCCAUUUGGAGAGCAGUUUUCCAGGUUCCAUCGCGGCCACAGAGGUGGCCACCAGAGACCAGGACCAGCCCCUCGCCUUCGACCGCACGCGCUUGGCGGUGGCCGCCGCGGCGUUCAGAGGAGCGUCAGAUCACCAGGGCGUCUCUGAAACGCAGAGCCUAGCGAGGGUGCUUCACCGUUCCUUGCCCAACCUGGGUAACGUGGCGGCAGAGGGGAGUUCUGUCAUCACACAGAAAGAAGCCACGGAUGAGUCGGGGGCAGCUGGGAAAUCCUCUUCGGCUCAUGUGCUCGGGCUCGACUGUUACUCCUCUUCUGGGGAGGAUUCAGACACGUGAUCUUACAGUUAAUUACCUACGCCAAGGAAGUAUGUUGUCCUUUUCAUCUUUUUUUUUGUCAACAGAAGAACAAGAAAAUGACUAUUAUUACCCAACUCAAAGUUGAGGAACAGUUUGUUACAUUUUGGACAUUUGCACGCUUUUGUCAAUAUUGCAGUGGUUGGGCAUUCACAUAUUUGCCUAUUCAUGGCUGAACAGUGUUGGUCAAGGAACUGUUGAAGUGAGUUUAAGAACUUCAUUUAGACAAAAGUAGUAAUAUGCUGUCAUCUUUGUGGCAUCUAUCGGCAAUUCCAGUACAGUAUAAACCUUUUUGGUUGUGGCAUUUCUGACUUUUUCAUGUCAGAGUGAACAGUACAAUUCAGAUUUUUUUUUCAUAGCCGACCCAAGCCUCUGUCAUAUGUGGAUGUAAAUCGGAUAUGUAUCCGAUUGUUUUUAGUCUCGCUUGCUCUUGUACGUCAUCAAAAGGCGACAAACUUCACAAAUGUUCAAUAAAACAGACACAAACGCAAUGUUGGCUCCAGUUGCACAAAAUCUUUGAUUUUGCCACGAUUGCGUCACGACGAGACCUACGCAAGGGGUCAUAUUUACUUCCGUAAACACGGCGCACGCGCAAUGUGACGUCCUCUUUUGUGCGCGUGUGUGUGACGUCCCAGACUCUUUCCGUCCACAGUAGAAGUCGCGUUUGGUUUUGCAACGUGAACGACGACGUUCACAGACAAAAACAAUAUCUGAAUCGGGCAUCAUGAUCUGCAGUGUCAACGAUG